AUGGCUAGUACUUCUCUACUCAAGCUUGCAACCAUUCUCUCCCUAGUCUUUUCCAUCCUCCUAGCCUUGCACGCUCAAAUAACCUUAUCGUCCGAUAUAGAAGAUGACGACGAAGAGUACGUUCUUGACACCCCACUAGCCAAUUUCAGAUCAAGAAGCCGGUUCCUGGCCAGUGUAAUAAAGAAAGGUGCAGGAUGCAACGCUGAGCGUUAUAACAUCUGUAAUGGCGUUUCAGCCAACGGGGGCACGAGCCUACUGUACUGUUGCAAGAAACAUUGCCGCAAUGUUCUUAGUGACAAGAAUAACUGUGGAAAAUGUGGUAACAAGUGCAAGUUUGGAGAGUUUUGCUGCAAUGGAAAUUGUACAACUGUCUUUUACAAUGUUAACAAUUGUGGAAAGUGCAACAAGAAGUGUGCUCGGGGGGUUAGAUGUCAGUAUGGAACAUGUGGGUAUGUUUAG